AUGCAGGCGGUUCGAAGCAGCCUCAUUUCACCCCAGAUUCGGCCAACGCGGUUCGAAGCCUCCGGCUGCCCCGGGGCGCGGGCGCGCUCCAGGACCCGGCGACGCAGACGCAGGACGCAGGACGCAGAUGCAGACGCAGACGCAGACGCAGCCGGGCUGGGGGAAGGGCGCGCGAAGGAGCCCGGAAAAACGACGCCGGGCUUCUUCGCGCUACCCCAGCGAGAGGAGAGGAAGGACCCCAGCGAGACCCAGCGAGAGGGAGGAAGGACCCCAGGAGACCCAGCGAGACCCCAGCGGAGAGGAGGAGGACCCCAGGAACCCAGCGAAGAGGAGGACCCCAGGAGACCCCAGCGAGAGGAGAGAGGGACCCCAGGAGACCCCAGCGAGAGGAGGAGGACCCCAGGAGACCCCAGCGAGAGGAGAGGACCCGGGAGGACCCAGCAGGAGGAGGAGGACCCCAGGACCCCAAGCGACCCCAGCGAGAGGAGGAGGAGGACCCCAGGAGACCCCAGCGAGAGGAGGAGGAGGACCCCAGGAGACCCCAGGAGGGACCCCCAGGAGACCCCAGCGAGAGGAGGAGGAGGAGGAGAUAGCGCUGCCCGAACGCCCGUCCUCCCAUCUCUUCACGGGCGCCGACGAAGCACCCGUAUGCGAAGGGCUCGUCGGCGUCGGGGAGUCGGGAGUCGGCGUCGGCGUCGGGAGUCGGCGUCGGGUCGGGAAGUCGGGAGUCGGGAGUCGGCGGGAGUCGGGUCGGGAGUCAGUCGGCGCGAAGUUCGGGAGUCGGCGUCGGAGUCGGGAGUCGGAGUCGGAGUCGGGAGUCGGCGUCGGGCGGAGUCGGGAGUCGGCGUCGCGGGAGUCGGCGUCAUCGGGAGUCGCGUUCGGGAGUCGGCGUCGGGAGUCGGGAAGUCGGCGUCGGGAGUCGGCGUCAGUCCGGAGUCGGCCGUCGGCGUCGGCGUCGGCGUCGGGAGUCGGGAGUCGGGAGUCGGUCGGGAGUCGGCGGCGUCGGCGUCGGCGUCAGGAGUCGGGAGUCGGGUCGGCGUCGGGCUCGGCGUCGGGAGUCGGCGCUUCGGGAUCCCGAUGGCGCGCGACCUGGAAGUGACCUCGUUGCCUUGA